CUAUCUGACCGUUGCAGAUUUAAAUUACGAUUUUACCCUUCUUCCAUUGUUUUAUCCACACUUAGCUCUCAAGAGGUGAAAAAGGGAAAAAAAAUGAAACUUUAUUUUCCUUCUCCCCGACGAUGAUGAUUGCUGCAAGGUGCUCUCUUUUGCCUCCACCGUGUUUCUCCGCCGUGAAAGUUAGAUGUUUCGCCGGAGAAACUUCAGAUACUGGGAUUUUAUUUCGAGAGAAGCUUAUUUACCUUCAAGACCUUAACGUUGAUCCUCACAAAGCUCUCCGAGUUAACCCAUCUCUCCGUUCUGCUCCUAUCUCCUCCGUCGUCUCCGUCGAGACUCUUCUCUCAUCCACCGGACUCUCAAGACCCGCCGUUGGUCGGAUUCUCGAUAUGUUCCCAGAUUUGUUAACCUCUGAUCCCGAAUCUGAGAUUGUACCGGUGCUACGCUUCUUAUCUGAUGAAAUCUCGAUUUCAGAGCAAGACAUACCCAAAUCGAUCUCUCGUUGUCCUCGAUUGCUAAUUUCAUCAGUAGAUUAUCAGCUUCGUCCCGCAUUGAUGUUCCUCAAAACCCUAGGAUUCGUCGGACGCGACACGAUAACGUCGCGGAACACGGUGUUGCUGGUAUCGAAUGUGGAACGAACCCUAAUCCCCAAAAUCGAGUAUCUUGAAGAAGGGUUAGGGUUUACAAGAGAAGAAGUAGCGAAGAUGGUUGUGAGAUCUCCGGCGUUGUUGACUUAUAGUGUGGAUAACAAUUUAGCUCCUAAAGUUGAGUUUUUUAUGGAGGAGAUGCGUGGUGAUGUCAAGGAGCUUAAACGUUUCCCUCAGUAUUUUUCGUUUAGCUUGGAGAGGAAGAUAAAGCCAAGGCAUAGGUUGCUUAAGGAACAUGGGAUUUUGAUGCCUUUGUCUGAGAUGUUGAAGGUUAGUGAUGGUCAGUUUAACAAUUGGCUUUUAGAACUCCGUCUUAGGUCUUUUGAGAGAAGAUGAUGAUAAACAAACAACCAUGUAAGCUUUACUUUUUUGUUCAUUGCUUCUUUACUGAGAUUAAGUUUUGCACUGGAGACAUGCCAAGACACUUCACAUGAGCUUGUAUAUAGUUUUUGUUAGAUCUUGUAAUGUAUAAUUGGGAACCUAAUUGAUGGAGAAAGUUGCUUUAAA